AGUGAGAAAGGGAGGGCGCGUCGGGCAUCUUCUUCUUCGGAAAGAGAAGAAGAGAGUUUGUAGGAUGAAACAGAUCUCUGGAGGUUGUAGUGUGUUCUGCAUCCCGCUUGGAAGAGGAAAAUCAUGCAAAACGUGGGACGGUUCUCUGUUUUGGCACUCGUUCUCAUCACGUUAUCGAAAUGUUUUGCUGUUAAUAUAACGAAACUCACUAUUCCCGACUUUGUCAAAAAUGGAACAGAAGAAUCAGUUCUUUUCGACUGUGAAUACUCGUACGAUAAAAGAGAAGAUGAACAUCUUGUUGUGAAGUGGUUUUUUGAAGACGAUCCGAUGCCUGUCUAUCAAUGGAUUCCGAAAAUGAAAUCCAAAAUUUACUCCGAAAAGUACAGAGUCAUUAAAGACUUCGAACUUGACCUAGACGACACCUACACAAAAGGCAGGGCAUUUAAAAUUGAAAACCCAACAACAGAACUCAGCGGUAAAUACAGAUGUCAAGUUGAAUCCCAUACCAGUUCUGAUUCAGAAGAAGACAGUAUGAUUGUAUAUGUUCUUCCAUCAUACGUCAGGCUGAAUUAUACCAUCAACGAUGACACGGUUAGAUUUGUAUGUGAAAUAGAUGAAGUUCAUCCCCUUCCAGACGUGAUACUCUACCAAGAAGCUCCUGGGCCAGUUAAAAACAAGACAGUCAUCGAAGACAUCGAGGAAACUUUCGAACUAGAAGAAGACGGAGCUUACAAUCUCAAAGUAUAUGUUGACAUUCCCGAAAGAAACUUGAGCACGAAAAAUGGAGACGGAUAUUUCCACUUUGAGUGCGAGGUUACAAUUGAUGGCAUUAAUUAUAAAAAAACUGCCGGAAUUCCUUUCUUCCCAAGUCCCGUUGCGGAGAAGCAUGAAGGUAAGUUUCGUCACAAAAUUUUCUUUAAUGAAGGAAACUUUUUUCGAGAUUUCUUUUUUCUUUGAAUUGUUUU